GUAUUGUGUUUAAUGUACCUCAUAAUGGACCACCACCGCCACUACCACUACUACUACCACUACCACUCUGUGCUCUGCCACUACCUAACGAGACAUCUUUAUUGUUGCUUGGUAUUCGCUGCCACUUAUCAAACCUGCCACCACUAAAACUUUCCCCCCCCCCAUACUGUUUUAUCGUCAUCCUACUUUUACUGUUCCUGGAGAAAAAGAAGUAAACAAUUAUAUACGAAUAAGAAGGGGAAGAAAAGACAGACAAAAAAGAAAAAGAAGUAUUAUUUCCAUCUAUUAAGUUAAGUCUUAUUGCAUCUCUCUAAUAUUUAGACUUAAUCCACUGCGGCCGUGGACGGUCGGACCCCUCCUUUGGACAGGACGCCCAGGCGGGAGAGAGAGAGAGCAAGAGACACACAGAGAGAGAGAAGAGGUCAUGAAAGCGUGAGAGGCGUCAAAACCUCAAUUUAUUCUACACCGGUUCAGCAGCCACCCAGCAUGACCGCCAAUAGUCGAUCUGAGCCGGGGCCGUCAGCCCAACCAAACCUGCGAGUCACGAUCAUCGCUGCCGACGGCCUGUAUAAACGAGAUGUCUUUCGACUUCCCGACCCCUUCGCUGUAGCUACGAUUAACGGUGAACAAACCAAAACUACGACUGUUUCGAAACGAACCCUUAAUCCAUAUUGGAACGAAAGUUUCGACUUUCGAGCCACCGAGGAUAGUAUUCUAGCGGUACAGGUAUUCGACCAAAAGAAGUUCAAGAAGAAGGAUCAGGGCUUUUUAGGCGUUAUCAAUAUUCGCAUCGGGGACGUUAUUGAACUAGCAGACGGAGCUGAUGAUUCGAUGCUUACGAGGGACCUAAAGAAGUCCACUGAUAACCUUGUCGUACACGGAAAACUAAUCGUCAAUCUUUCUACAAACCUCUCUUCCCCCGCUCGUCCUCCGCAACAACCCCCGUCAGCAAGCUCUAGCCGACCCUCCUUGGCACCCCAGGCAUCGACAGCUAGUACCGACCGUGCUUCAGAAAGGCCAACCUCGACUUCUUCGGCCUCGGCCAACGGUCUAACACCAGGAGCACAGAUGUCUUUGCCUAUUAGACCAAAUGGGGUCAACCCAGCCGCUGUUAAUGGAAAUGGAACCGUCGCGCAACCCCGACAAGCGGCCCAGAUGAGUCCUUUCGAAGAUGCCCAAGGCCGACUACCCGCUGGAUGGGAACGGCGCGAAGAUAACUUGGGCAGAACUUAUUAUGUAGACCAUAAUACGCGGACUACAAGUUGGAACCGUCCGACCCAUACCGGCCUUUCUGCAGAGAAUCGUGGUGAGAGAGAAGCAGCCACUCAAGUCGAACGUCAAAGGCAUCAAAACAGAACCCUUCCAGAAGAUCGAACUGGCACAAACUCCCCAACGCUUCAGCAGCAACAGCAACAAUCUGGCGGUUCUCCACACAGUCCCGGCCAGGGCACUUUGAUGCAUACUGGUGCUACUAGUCCAGGAUCCGGUGAACUUCCGCCCCUGUGGGAACAGCGCUGGACGCCCGAAGGCCGACCCUACUUCGUAGAUCACAAUACCCGGACCACGACCUGGGUUGAUCCUCGACGCCAGCAAUACAUUAGAAUGUACGGUGGCCAGAAUAAUGCUAACGGGACGAUACAACAGCAGCCAGUUUCUCAACUGGGUCCUCUACCUAGUGGCUGGGAAAUGCGCUUAACUAACACAGCCCGCGUAUACUUUGUGGACCACAAUACAAAGACAACGACCUGGGACGACCCACGAUUACCGUCCUCCCUGGACCAGAACGUUCCACAGUACAAGCGAGAUUUCAGGAGAAAACUCAUCUACUUCCGGUCUCAACCAGCUAUGCGCAUACUUUCAGGACAAUGCCACAUGAAAGUACGACGGUCUCACAUCUUUGAAGAUUCGUUCGCUGAAAUAUCGCGACAAUCGGCGACGGAUUUGAAGAAACGCCUCAUGAUAAAAUUCGACGGCGAAGAUGGUUUAGAUUAUGGUGGUCUCUCCCGAGAGUUCUUUUUCUUAUUAUCACACGAGAUGUUUAACCCCUUUUAUUGUCUUUUCGAGUAUUCCGCCCACGAUAAUUAUACCCUUCAAAUCAACCCACACUCCGGCAUCAACCCUGAACAUUUGAAUUACUUCAAAUUCAUCGGUCGUGUAGUCGGUCUAGCUAUCUUCCACCGAAGAUUUUUGGAUGCCUUUUUCAUCGGAGCUCUCUACAAGAUGAUUCUUGGCAAGUCUGUUGUACUGGCCGACAUGGAGGGUGUUGACGCAGAUUUCCACCGAAGUUUGCAGUGGAUGCUCGACAACGAUAUUUCUGGAGGUAUUCUUGAACAAACAUUUUCUACCGAGGAUGAGCGCUUCGGCGUUAUUACCGUCGAGGACCUUAUUCCCAAUGGACGUAAUAUCGAUGUCACCAACGAGAAUAAGAAGGAGUACGUGGACCUUAUGGUCAAAUGGCGUAUUGAGAAGCGUAUCGCAGAGCAAUUCCAAGCCUUCAAGGAUGGAUUCCACGAGCUUAUCCCCCAGGAUCUGAUUAACGUUUUCGACGAACGUGAGUUGGAGCUCCUCAUCGGUGGUAUCGCUGAUAUCGACGUGGACGACUGGAAGAAGCACACCGACUACCGUGGCUACACAGAGAGCGAUGAGGUUAUCCAGUUCUUCUGGCAAACGGUGCGAAGCUGGGACGGAGAGCAAAAGAGCAGAUUGCUACAGUUCACUACGGGUACCUCGCGAAUUCCCGUUAACGGGUUCAAGGACCUUCAAGGUAGCGAUGGUCCCAGAAGAUUCACCAUCGAAAAAGCGGGCGAGGUUGGUAAUUUGCCGAAGGCUCAUACUUGUUUUAACCGUCUGGAUCUGCCGCCAUACAAAUCGCUGGAGCAAUUGCAGAAUAAGUUAACGACGGCAGUUGAAGAAACAAUGGGCUUCGGUCAGGAAUAGAAGGCUAAUUAGUUGUUUCUUCUAUCUCGGCGCUGUUACUGUGUAUAUAGAACGAUGAACGAUGUCCUUUUUUUCCCUGUUGUGACAGCUCGAUAUAUGGAUGGGAUUUUGCAUUCUCCUUUUUAUUUCCGUGCUUGGUUCCAUCUACCCCCUUUUCUAUUUCCGUGCCCGUUAAACUCGACCCAGGGCUAUUAUAUGAAAGGGGAUGUUACUAGGUGCCUUAAUAGCGCAUAUCAUGUUGUUGUUCUGUUUCGUUCGGGGUACCUGUGUAUUUUAUAGGUAUUACUACUGGAAGAUAACCAAACUUCAGUGAGGAGACACAAAGGAAACUCGGUCAAAGAGGGGAACGGGUUUUGUCAUUCGCUUCUUUAUUAUAUCAAUCGCGCGUAUGGAGGUAGUCAGGUAAUACGCGUAACACGAACACAAAUAAUAACCGACCCAAUGUAUCGGAGUUUUGAUUCUUGGUAAUGAGUGAUGUAUCAAAGUAUUGUAGGUUAAUUUGAAGUUUUUCAUACUCGUAAUUGUACGCUGAAUUAAACAUGA